CUUCAGUGUGAUCCGACAACCCAGCGAGUGCUGUAUACUAAGACAUAAUGAGGUAGGUCUAGGUCGAUGUCUAGAUCUCACUUAAUUGAAAAUACCCCCUUUAUUGUUCAAGGACACCACCCGCAAAUUCCCUCAAUACUCUUGGCAAUGAUCUGGGAUAACCCAUUCGAAACCGCUGAGCGAGCCAUAAUGCAGCAUCAAUACCAUUCUUAAAGAGACUCGUUCGCCCUUGCGUCAUGCACUGGGACAGUUAAAUUUAGGUUGAAUCUAUCAGUAUUGUGUAUGGAUUUCUGUAUCCAUUCUUUUGGAAUACAAAAAUCUACUUGGGUUUUGAGUUGCAUUUUCACCACCAUCCAAGUUAUUUUUAAGGCGUGGCAACCACAGAGACACAUUGUUGGGCUAAUUACAACAGCUAUACCUAUUGUACUACCCUACAUCAAGCAGCGUCAUUCAUGUAGUACAUUUAGCCUUCAUAGAUACUUAGUGGGAGAGAAGUAGCCUGUGGCUUGUAGAUGCAUAUUUAGAAAUUGGCUGUACAUUUAAAAUAUUUACUCUGUUGUUUCUGAAAAUACCAUGUGCACCCUAUUCAUUAGAAUUAUGUCUGCCGUGAAGAUCCGUGCAAAUAUCCUAGUUAUGAAUGUAUUUACAGAUUUGCAUAGUUUUUUAGCCUUCAAAAACAAUGUAGUUUUUGCUGAACCACCACUAAACUAAUUUAGUGACUCCGAGGUGUGCGGCUACUUUUUCUUGGUGGGCUGUAGGCAAUUUCAAAGAUGAGGCGUGUUCCUCUUGCGAGGCUGGCAACGGAAGGCAGCGAUAGGCUAUGCUGGGAGAGGCAGGGCAGGGGUGUAUCCAUUCAUUGCGAAAGAACGAAACGCGAGGGACGUCCUCACAUCUGUCCUAUAGAAACUCCAAGGAAUGGUUUGGCAACUCAUACGUUUUGUUUUGCGGAAUGAACCAACCCUGGGGAGGGUUUGUUUUGUCUGGUUCUUCCUGGAUCUGGCGUUUACCGAAAAGUACCUUGGUGGCCAACACUUCUGUUAGGCCCCAACUAUAUUCUCAUCAUAGGACACAAACAAUUUCCGUGACCAGUCGAAGUGGUGUAACAGCCGACAGGCAGGAGCAUGUGGACAUCAUGUUGUAGCUGGCCCUGUUUGGAACCCACCGCCACAGUGGAAGAAAACGGCAGGUCAUGGCGCCAGGCCUACACAAACUCGGGCUACAGCCAGUCCUUGACCUCUCCCGAACAUUUGUGCAAGGCCUGCGGAGGCCAUUUCGAUGCCAUCGCUAGGAAGCAUGUCUGUGUGGACUGCAAGAAGAACUUCUGCGGCCAUUGUUCAGUGCAGUUGGAGCCGCCACACCCGCGCCUCUGCCACACAUGUCAGCGUUUUCACAGGACCCUAUUUGACCGUGCUCAGUUGAUGCGACUCAAGGUGCGGGAGCUGCGCGACUACCUCCACCUGCAUGAGGUACCCACCCAGACAUGCCGGGAAAAGGAGGAGCUGGUUGAGCUGGUUCUGGGCCAGCAGACCCCCAGCACUAGCAGCAGCAGUGAGACCGUGUCCACCCAGCCAGGGGCUCAUAACAGCCUCCCUGCCCCGGGCCCACCGCCUUCUCCCCAGACACCGGGCCCUGCCAGCCCUGACACUCUGACCACAGAUCAGCCAGAGCAGUUAGCCCCCGAGGCAGAGCCAGAGUCAGAGCAAAUCUCUGAUGAGGAAGAUGAUGAUGAGGAUGAGGAGGACGAGGCAGAAGAGUCAUCAGGCAGCGAGGAGACCCUGAUACCAGACCGCAGGGCCUCCUUGUCUGACCUGAGCUGUGUGGAGGACAUCGGGGGCCUGAGUGUGCGCCAGCUUAAGGAGAUCCUAGCCCGCAACUUUGUGAACUACAAGGGCUGUUGCGAGAAGUGGGAGCUAAUGGAGAGGGUCACCCGUCUCUACAAUGACCAGAAGGACCUCCAGAAUUUGGUUUCAAAUGCAAAACAUGAAGAAGACCCUGCAGCUCCCAAGAGCCAGGAAGUGAACCUGUGUCGGAUCUGCAUGGACUCUCCCAUUGACUGUGUGCUGCUGGAGUGCGGACACAUGGUCACAUGUAGCAAGUGUGGCAAGCGCAUGAGUGAGUGCCCCAUCUGCAGGCAGUACGUUGUCCGGGCGGUGCACGUGUUUAGGUCCUGAUGCAUUGCAACAGGGAGAGACAUUGGACACCAAGGACUAAAAUGGAAUGAGGCCUCCACUGCUCUUACAAGAAUGCACUUCUUACUGCACACUCACAAAUUCAGUCUUCUUUCUGGUGUUCCAGCAAAAUAACCUGUCUCCAGUUUUUUGGGUUCUUUUUGUACUUAACCGACCCGUAUUGUUUCUGCAUUUUCAAUACUUUACAGGUGCUCAAGAUUUCUGUACAAUCACUUUGUUAUUGACAGGGGUUUUAUGAUUACAUGAUGAAGUAGAUGUCAUGUGUUCACGUUGGUGCCAGUUAGACACUGAACUAGACACUUUGCAUGUGUUGGGUAGCAGUACCUUUUCAAAUUCCAAGGUUAUUUAUAUACAUAUUUCUUUUAACCCUACACACAGGCGAGACUUGAGCAUUUUCUGUCUUUGCAUAUGUGUGCAUGGAAAACCUCCUAGGAUUCAUGCCUGAGAAACAGAGCCUUACAAGAGAAAUAAUUAAAUUCAGAAUCCUGGUGAGAGGAAACAUGCUAGGUUACUCUUGUUGUUCAUGUCAAUAGCUAAACGAACAAAGUGGCCAGAAUGGUGCUAUUUGACCAAUGAUUACCCAGACUCAGGGUCUCAUUUUGACAGUGCAUAUUUGUGGUGGUAAUAGGUAGAGCUCAAACUCUUACAAAGGUUCAUUUCAAAACGUAUCGCAAAAGGAAAUGAUGGAAAACACGUUUGAACGUGAUUGUGCAGAUAAUUGAUGCAUUUAUAAUUUGUGCGUUUUAAAGUUGCUACACAAGAUUUCAAAAAAGAUUUUUGCAGUGUAAUUUCAAUUGUUUAUCUGCCGUAAUAUUAGAAUUAUAGUAUUUCAGAGUAAUACUUACCAGCAAGAGUUGUGAUUAGCUGUUUCAUUUGCCUUCUGACUGGGAUAUCUGCCUAUUGAUUUCUCCUGCUGGGCAGCUGUGCUGUUAUUAUUAUUUUUUUACUUCAUAUAUGGUGGAAACUGGAUAGAAAUAUAUAAUAGAAAACAUUGUUUUAAUGUUUUUACAGCAAUUUACACUAAGGUGAUGGGCAUAACCAAAGCGAAAAACUGAAGUGGGAGUGUCCACCAAUGUUAUGCAGGGGAGAGGGACAUUUGUUUUGAAUGGUACUCUAGUGUUCAUGCAAUUCAACCAUCUUCCAAAUGGUGUUGGAAUUCUUUGUGUAGCACCUUUAAGUGCUGAAUUAGUGAUAAGGUAUUUGCACCCUGAAUUCAGUAUCGGCAACCCAGCUGAUCUGUUAAUUGGUUUUAUAGUCUGGGUCACUACUUGCAAUGUGCGUGCUAUGUAAGUGUUUCCCGAACUAGAGGUUGCGACCCUAAGUAGUGUCACUUGAUUUGAAAAUGGGGUUGUUAGAGAAAUAGGAAAACUUGGUUUAUAGAAUGUGCUAAUCCCUGGUAGCUCCAAAAUGUGGUUGAAAUUAAGAUGUUUGAUUUCUUUAUAAAUGUGUCUCUAACCUAUUCACGGGUUAAAAAACAAAUGAUGACCCUUUUACUAUAAUAGUCUCAGGAACAGUACUUGUCUUCUGUUUCUCAGAAAACAUUAGAACAAAGUGGACAGUACAAAUCAAAGGCAGUAUAUCAGAGUGAGAGGUUUCUAAAGAGAAGAUCAUACACAGUUGUUGCUCGAUGUGGUUCGUUGAUGUUUUCCUGAACUUCCCAAUAACAUUUUCACUUAUUUAAAACCAUACUUCUUUCAUAUUUAAACGCUACACAAAAAUGUCUGAUUUAUUUUGGCAUUGUCACUUUGCCAAUUUAAGUAUUUAUUUUUCUAAUAGAUUUUUUGUCAAACUACCCUUUAAUAAAGAUGCACUCCAGAGUUUUGUAUAAUUUCAGCCAGUAGUCAUAGUAAAAAUUGUAAUAAGUUCCUCUGCUUUUGUGUACUGUCAUCCAAAUAUUUUUUGCACUUGGUAUGAUAAGUUAUGAAUCUAAUGCAUUUUUUAUUCUCUGGAUGUCAUCAAUAGUUUGCUGUUUUUUGAAGUUGGUUCCAUUGUAUUACCAAAAUGUAAGUUUGGGAUAAAGAAAUCUGACCUUGUUUUGCAGCAUGUCUCCAAGGCUCUCACCACGUGUCCCAGAACAGAAUGCUCGUCCAUACACAAACACUUAUUAGCUGACCUUUUCCUAAUGACAAAGUGAUGGAUUGUGUUAACCACUAGUUCAUCAAAAACAUCAGUUUUCCAGUUGCCUGGAAUUAAAAUGGUUUGGCAUUUGUCUUUGCAACAAGGGUUCAUGGGAUGUAAGUGUUAACUUUAUAUAGUCUUUCUACUGCAACCACUGCAAAUCUGUAAUGAAUGUACCAUAAAACUGCUCAUAUGAGAAAAUGCACUUAUAGUAAAUCAUGUCUGUUUUAGUGAAUGCAUAUCUACUGGGAAAGAGUUCCAGGUACUUGGUCUGCCUGAACCGAAUGUAACUCGUUUAUUACUGGUUUUUAGUUGUUUACAAUAACACAACAAUUUCUUACUGUGACUGCCAAUAUUGCAAAUAGAUUUUUACAUUAGUCUGUUUGAUUUGUCAAUUGACAACAACUAUGCUAAUAUCAUGCAAGAACAAUAUGAAUCGUCUGUAUUUUUAGUUUGCAGAGAGCAGUUGAAAUGGGAUAUGUUAGUGUGACUAGACAAUUAGAUCUUAUUUUAUAAACCUAAUGUCCAUGUCUCUUUUUUUCACCCUGGACAUCAGUUUAGACUGGCCAACUGUCAGUGAAGUCACUCUUUCUCUCUGAGGAAAGUUUUGUGUAUGUUAUUAUACUGUAUGCGUGCUUACAUGUAGGUUAACUGAACUGAAUAUCUGAACAUUCCAAACUAAAGAAUUUACCCCAACAGAACUACUAGCAAGUUUUUACAUUUACAGUAUUUAAAGCAGGUGUAGGCAACAAUUUCGCUGUGGGAAGAUUGAGGGCAUUAACACAAUUACAAUAAUUAUUUUUUAAAAGGUUUUUAUACUGCCGAUUGACUACAACUGAAGCUAAAAAGAGAAUGUUCUUGAAAUUAAAAAUCAUUUCAUACUUUUACUAUACAGAGACACAAUCACAUAUUGUUUUUUAAUGGGAAUAGUUAGGAACAGAUUGCUUAAAGUAAACAAAUAUUUUUUCCUGGUUAUUGUAUAGUUUAUUUUUUCUAAUCCACCUGCCACUUGUGGGUUGCUAUGUCCCGCCAGCCUCUUGUUGCCGAGUAGUAAUGUAAAGUUAUACCUUUACAUAUAACUAAAAAAUACCUUAUUUUGACCUCAAAAGGCAUAAGAUACUAUUGACCCGCCAGCCACCUGUUGCCGAGUAGUAAUGUAAAGUUAUACCUUUACAUAUAACUAAAAAAUACCUUACUUUGACCUAAAAGGCAUAAGAUACUAUUGACCUGCCAGUCACCUGUUGCAGAGUAGUAAAGUUAUACCUUUACAUAUAACUAAAAAAUACCUUACUUUGACCUCAAAAGGCAUAAGAUACUGUCGUGUGCAUUUGUGGGAUGUUGAUGUCCCUAUUCUGCUCCCAGAGCCCUAUAGUUCUUAUUGCUGUUUGAGGACCUAGAUAUUCAUGUGAAUUGGUGAUUAUAAAAAUUGAGGUAUUUUUUAAUUUAGAGAGAAAUCAAUGUACUGUUGUGAAAUGUUGGAUGUAUUUUGAAGACUAUCACAUAAAUCUGUCAUAUCUUCUGAGAAUUAACAGUGACUAUAAAAUGUAAGAAUGUUUUGCCCUCAAGGCAUAACAUGCAGACCAGUUUUUAGGUUAGAACAAAGAAUUAAGUCUGCGUUAUCCUAGAGCAAAAAGAUUAAUUAUUAAUACACAAAGUUAACUUUGAUAAAGAGAUUUGCAUGCAUGCUUUUGAAAAAGGCUGACUGCUCUGGCAAAGGUCAGUUUAAAAACGUUUGGAAUGACUCAUAUGUAUGUGUGGAGAAUUCUUUGUUUGUGUUUGGUAUACCUGGAUGAUUAAACUCCCUGUUCAACUAC